AUGGAGUCAAAACCAGAGAUAUUUUGCCGUGUUUGUGGAGAUAAGGCUUCAGGCAAACACUACGGCGUUCCUUCCUGUGAUGGCUGCAGAGGGUUCUUCAAACGAAGCAUACGACGAAAUUUAGACUACGUUUGCAAAGAAAACGGCCAAUGCGUGGUGGACGUCAAUCGAAGAAAUCAAUGCCAAGCGUGUCGCUUCUCAAAAUGUCUCCGCGUGAAUAUGAAGAAAGAUGCUGUCCAACAUGAACGAGCCCCGAGGCCCAUAACCGAUCAACAGCAACUGGUACUGCAAAAACUCGGCUACGGUUUCUCGCGACAACCAUUCUCGAAUUCCCCUCUCGUUUCACCUUACACCCAUUUCCCUUACAUAUUACCCGAACAGCGAAUGCAAUUACUAGGUUCAUUCCAAGAUUUCUCGAAACUUGACGGACUCUCGGAUAUGCCUCUAACUUCACAUGUCACGCCUCCAUUGACACCUGUACAUCCUUUUAAGGUACCGAUAUUCCCAGGGUCCUUCCACUACUCCAUUCCACAUCCCGAAUACUUAUCGAACAAUAUUUUCUAUCCUCCUGCUAUGACGGAAAGUCUACACACUUUGGAAUCAAUGCAGAGAACAGCGCUGGGGACAUUUUACCACAGACCUGAUAAAACUGAUUUAAAGACAGAAAAAAUCAAAGAAGAUGAAGUGUCAAGUUCAGAGGAAGCAAGAAGAGAAGAAAACCCUAUUUCGGGAGGAAAUCAACAAAGCAGCGCACAAAAUUUCGAACGACAAGACAAUGGACAAAACGAUCAAAAUUUGGACACAGAUAUAAAAUUAACCACAGACGAGAAAACCGUAAGACAAGCAGAGAGUACUGUAAAAAGUUUCGCUACCUACGGACCUAUUUGUUCGAUCGAUAUAAACACGGAAGAUAUGUACGCACCGGCAGCAGAGCUCUUAGUUGCUACUGUCAAAUGGCUCCAUAGUAUAUCCCCGUUUCGACAAAUGUCCUUCAAGGAGCAGACAUGUCUUCUACUGUCUAAUUGGAAAGAGCUUUUUAUAUUAACAGCCGCUCAGUAUUCCUUCACUUUUGAUGAAGAUCACAUAUCACCAACAAUACUUGCAAAAAGGUCAAACAUUAAAGACGAAAUCAAGAAGAUAACAUUCUUGUUAAAGAAAAUAAUGCGAAGCCGACCUGACAAGCUGGAUUACGAUUGUCUAAAAUCGGCACUUCUUUUUCGAGCAGAUUGCUCUAUACCUAACGCCGAAUUUCUUCAGGAUCAAGCUCUGACCCAUCUACAGAAACACUGUUCAAGCAAAGAUAGUUUUCGUCUUGGAAAACUAAUGAUAUUGCUACCCAAUAUAUGUUUACUUGCGAACGAGAACUUCUUAGAAUAUCUUCUUUUUUCGUCUACCACAAUCAGUGAUAUUCAGACAGUGCUUAUUCGCAUUUUGACAUAUACGGCAAUGUGA